AUGGUUUUUACUUUUGAAAGCUUGGAAGAUCUUCAUAGAGUUUUGGAUUACUCUCCAUGGAAUAUCAAGGGAUCUCCUCUCUUUCUCAAGCGAUGGUCUGCAGAGGAUGCUAUAGCUGAUUUGGAUUUCACCAAAGCUGCUUAUUGGGUGCAAGUGCAUAAUCUUCCGUUGGAGCUUAUGACAGUUGAUAAUGCAGAAAAUAUUGGUGCAAGUCUGGGUGAGUUGUUGGAGUUAGAUAAUGUUGACAAUUCCAAACCAGCUAGGAAAGGUUUCCUUCGGUUUCGGGUUCUUCUUAAUCUUUUGAAUCCUCUUAAUCCGGGGUUCACUUAUAAUAGGCCUCCUAAGGCUCCUCUUUGGGUGCAAUAUAUGUAUGAGAGGCUUUCGGAUUACUUCUACAUCUGUGGAAGAAUUGGGCAUCUUUCAUUUGCUUGUCCUGUGGAACCACGUCCUCCUGACCAUGGUAGGUAUGGAGAUAAGUUGAAGGCUAGUUCUCCUAAAACUAGCAGGGUUGUUCAGAUUUUCCAACCAAGGAACCAGGUUUCAGAUGCUCUGGCCAUUGUUCAAGCUUCAAACAGGUUGGUCACUGAGUCCACUCACCUAUUCAACUCAACUCAGCCGUGUUCCUCCAGCUUUGCUUCUAGUUUUCUAGGUACCAAACCCACUACUUUGAGCCCCAUUAAUUCUGCAUCUGCAUUAAUGGAAAAGGCCUCCUUUGUCAAAAUUCAGCCUCAACACUCCACCUCUUCUUUAUUGCGCACUAGCAUUGAGAAACUGAAUUCUCUUGACCUUCAUUUUCCACACAACACGUGGCCUUCUUUUGUCUCUUCUACCUUGGGGUUAGGUCCUUCUAGUUCCUCUAUGGACAGCUCAAACUCUAAGUUGGAAUCUGAAGGUAUUAGUUCUAUCUCAACUUUUUUACCUCACACUUCUUCUCUCCAUUCCACGUGUGUUGUUGUCCCCACUAAUUCCACUUCUACGACUCUUCCAAAUUCUUCUUCUGGCCUGUCCACUUUUCUUUAUCAACCUUCUCCUAAUCUGAAACCUCCUCGCCAUACCAACAACUCUUCUAGCAAGAAAAGAUUUCAUCCUUAUUCCAAUUUCCUUCCUGUCAAAAAACCUAGACCUGACAUUCAGUUUUCAAAGAAGAAUGAAGAAGAUGUUGCUGCUCAUGUUGAGGAUGGGCAGAGUGUUUCAGAAAUUGCAGGGGUCGAAGCUUGGUUAGAGGUUCCUCCUUCAGGUUUUCAAGGUGGUCUCUACUUGGCUUGGAAGCAUGGUGUGGAUAUUGAGCCUGUCCGUCUUGAUAAGCAUUGUAUUUCUUGUUUGGUGUAUUCAGAACCUGUUCGUUGUCCGUGGCUUUUUUCUGGUGUCUAUGCUCCUCAUACUAGCCAAAGACGUGAUGUUUUUUGGUCUGUUUUGUCUAAGUUGGGUAACUCUUUUGGUGGAGCUUGGUUGUUAUUAGGAGAUUUCAACUCCAUUUUGUCUUCUUCUGAGAAGAGUGGUGGCCGUGAUUUUGGUUCUUCCUCUCAUGGCAAUUUUGUUGAUUUUGUACAUUCAAAUGCUCUGGUGGAUCUUGGUUUUGUGGGUAAUAGAUUUACUUGGAGUAAUUGUAGGGUUGGUAGGGAAAAUAUUAGAGAGAGGCUUGACAGGGGCUUGGCUAAUCAAAAUUGGGUUCAUUCUUUUCCUAAUUCCUUGGUUAACCAUUUUCCUGCAACUCAGUCAGAUCAUUGUCCCAUUUUGAUCUCCACGGAUGGUUCCUAUAGGAAUCUUCCUAAGCCUUUCUGUUUUGAAGCUUUCUGGAUAAGGGAUCAGUCCAGUCAUUCAGUUGUUGCGCAGGCCUGGUUGGCUGAGGUUGAGGGUUCUCCGGCUUUUUCUUUGAGCAGGAAAUGGAAGAGUACGAAGAGUGCCUUGAAGUUCUGGAACCAGCAUCAUUUCGGCCAUAUUCAGUAUAAGAUUAAAGCACUGAUGUCUGAUAUCAGUGUGAUUCAAUCUAGUUCCCAUUCUCCUGGUAAUGCGGCAAGGGAAACUAUUUUGCAGAAUGAGCUGCAGGAGCAACUGUUGAGGGAAGAAGUUCUUUGGAAGCAGAAGUCUAGAGAGUUGUGGCUUACCUGUACAGAUCUCAACACUAAAUUUUUUCAUGCUUCUACUGUCUGUAGGCGCAGGUAUAACUCUAUCUCUUCCUUAAAGACUGCUGAAGGUACUAUUUUGGGUGGUAGGGAAAAUAUUGGCAAUUAUCUGGUGCAGCAUUUUAGUUCCUUGUUUACUUCUAAUCAUCCGGUUUUUGAUGAUAGAUUUACUAGUUUGGUUGAUAAGGUUGUGACUGAGGAGGAGAAUGUUUCCCUUUGUUUAAUUCCUGAUGAGAAUGAAAUUUUCUUGGCUAUUUCUGAUUUGGGUUUGAAUAAAGCCCCUGGUCCUGAUGGUAUGACUGGGUUGUUUUAUAAGUCUUAUUGGCCUAUAGUGAAAGUGAGUGUUGUGGAUUCGGUUCAAUCUUUUUUCAGGGGUGGUUUUAUUCUUAAGGAGUUUAACCACACUAAUAUAGCCCUUAUUCCCAAGAUUGACAAUCCUUAUUUGGUGCAUCAUUUUAGGCCCAUUAGUCUUACUAAUUUCAAUUACAAGAUUAUUUCUAAAAUUCUCUCAAACAGAUUUAAACCUUUAUUGAGCAAGAUCAUUUCUCCUUAUCAGUCUGCUUUUCUUAAAGGGAGGUCUAUUCAUGAUAAUACCAUUCUUGCUCAUGAGGUUUUUCAUUCUAUGAAGCAAAAAAAGGGGAAUGGUGGUCUAAUGGUUUUAAAGUUAGAUAUGGAGAAAGCCUUUGAUUCUAUGGAAUGGGAAUUUUUGCUUAAAAUCCUAGAGCUGUUGGGUUUUAAUUCUACUUGGAUUCAAUGGAUUAGGCAAUGUAUUACUACUUCAUCAUUCUCUAUUCUUCUUCAUGGUGCUCCUUUUGGAAAGUUCACUCCUUCUAGGGGUUUAAGGCAAGGAGAUCCUCUUUCCCCUUUUUUGUUUAUUUUGGGAGCUGAGAUCUUGUCCAGAUUAAUUGAAAGAGAAGAAAGCUUGGGUCUUCUUCAUGGCAUCAAAAUGGCUAGGAGGUGUCCUACUAUUUCUCACCUUUUGUUUGCUGAUGAUGUCAUUAUUUUUUCCAAGGCUAAUGAAAGUGAAGCUAGGGUGAUUUUAAAGUGUCUUAAUACUUAUUCCUCUUGGUCAGGACAGCAUAUUAACAUAUCCAAAUCUGCUAUGUUCUUUAGUAGGAAUUGUAGUUCUAAUGCUAAAAAUGCUGUCAAAGGGAUUCUUCACUUGGCUUUGAUCCCCUCUCGAGCUAAAUAUCUAGGUAUUCCUCUUUUUAUGCAUAGGAGGAAGAAGGACUCUUUUAUUGAACUUAAAGACAGAAUUCUUGCUAAAAUUUCUGGUUGGAAAGCUAGGUUGCUCUCUCAGGCUGCGAGAACCACUUUGGUGAAGUCUGUGGCCAAUGCUAUUCCUACUUAUCUAAUGUCUUUGUUUCUUCUACCUAAGUCCUUUUGUGCUUCUAUCAAUUCCAGCAUUCGGAAGUUUUGGUGGGGUUAUCCGCAGGAAAAGAAGCAUUGUCUUUCCCUUUUGGCUUGGGAUAAUAUUUGUAAACCUAAGUCUUUGGGUGGCUUAGGUAUCCGGUCUAUGGAAGCCAUUAACAACUCUCUUCUUGCUAGGCUUGGCUGGAAGUUGACAUCCAAUCAACCUCUUAUUUGGGUGGAUUCUCUUAGAAGUAAGUAUCUCAAGCAUGGUGUUUCCUUUUUGAAUGCUCCCUCUAAUGCUCUUUCUUCUUGGCUUUGGAAAGGGCUUCUUCAGAAUAGAAAGGUAGUGGAGCAGGGAGCCUGCAUUUCUAUUUCUAGUGGUCAGAAUAUUGAUAUUUGGAAUAACCCAUGGAUCCCCUUGAUGCCUAAUUUUAAGCCUAUUCCGAAUGAGAAUUUGGUGGGGCUUCCUUCCUAUUCAGUUGAGGAUCUUAUUUGCCCUAUUGGUCGUGGUUGGAACUCCUUAUUGCUGCAGGAUCUUUUUGAUCCUAUCACGGUUCAGCAUAUUCUUAGCAUCCACUUGCCUCUUUCUCCUCAAUUUGAUAAGUGGUGUUGGGUUCCCUCUCCUUCAAGGAUGUUUUCGGUGAAGUCAGCCCAUGAACUCUCUAUUUCUUUGGGGGGCAGGGUUUCUCCCUUAUCAACUGAUGCUUGGACUUCCCUUUGGGGAUUAAAAUUGCAGGCUAGGUUGAAGCAUUUGUUAUGGAAGGUUGCUUGGGAUAUUCUUCCUUCUAGGGCAAAGAUUGGUAGGUUUGUUGCUAGUGCGGAUCCGGCAGCUUGGCUUUGUCCAUUCUGUAAAGGACCCCCGGAGACUCUUUCACAUAUUUUUUUGGAAUGUGAUUUGGUGAGAUUUUUGUGGAGGUCCUCUCCUUGGCAUAUUUCCAUUUCUGAUUUUUCCUAUAUGUCUACUUCAGAAUGGAUUCUUGCUAUACUCUCCCCUAUGGCUAUUUUUGGCAUUACCAAGGUUGAAGUUAGGAAGUUUCAACUUUUUGCAGCACUUAUUUUGGAUAUUGUUUGGAGAUGUAGGAACCUUCUUAUCCAUGAAGGGGUGCAGCCUAUCCCCAGCAAAGUCUUCUUUGAAGUCUCUAGCUCUUUUAAUAAGCAUCUUUCAGCUUGGUCAGAGAUGGCUCUUCCCUCUUUGUGGAUCCCUCCUGCUGCUGGUUGGAUAAAAGGCAACUUUGAUGUUGCUGUGAAGGGAUCUUUUGCAGUUGCUGCUGCUGUGCUUAGUGAUGAAAAGGGUGCUAUUGUAGGUGCUGCCACGCAGAGGUUAAAUUGUCCAGAUGCCCUUCAAGGAGAGGCCCUUGCAGCCUUGCUGACCACUCGACUGGCAGCCUCUUUUGGUUGUAAUUUUCUUUCUUUGGAAGGAGAUGCUCUUCUAGUGGUGUUAGCUAUUAAUAACCCUUCCCUUUUCUCUUCUUGGAUUUUUGCUAAUUGUAUUUCUGAUAUUAGUGUAGUUUUAGCUCCUUUUCAAAGUUGGAAUGCUUUGAAGGUUUCACGUAGUGCCAACUUUAGGGCACAUGCUCUAGCUAAAUGA